AGGAAAUUACCUUUGGGAAAACCAAUUACUAAUGUGAAAGAAGAUAUAUCCGAGAAUUCAAGAGUCGCAUCCGUACACCCUGCAGAUUUCUGUCCAAAUCACCCGAGCAAGAAAACAAAAAUCUAUUGUAAAGAUUGUUUGGUGGCGGUCUGCUUUAAAUGCUUUGUCAAUGAUCACAAUGGACAUACAUAUCUGGAUCUACAAGAAGAUGAUGUGCGAGAACAAAUCAGAGACGAACUAAAUAAACUGAAAGUAGAAAUAGAAGAACAUAUCAACAAACUUCAAAAUCAUUCAACAUCUUUACAAAGUAAAUUAUCUGAAGUGGAAGAAGCAGCCAAAUCGGCUUGUGAGAACGUUGAUACGCAUGUCAGAAACAUUUGUGAUAAAGUUCACGAAAUGGGAGAAAACGUAAAAGAAGAAAUCAAAAAAACCUACAGCGAUGAAAAUGAAAAAUUCACAAAGCUGAUGACAGACAUUAAAGGUUUAACUGAAGAUUUGCAAUCUGGUGUCAAACUUUCCACCAGUAUUCUAGAAGAUAAUUCUAUUGUUCAAGUUUUGGAGAGAUUGCCAAAUGUGCGCCAGGAAGCAGACGAAUGCCGUUCCAGAAAGUUAAAUAUCCCUGAUGUAUUGUAUCCAUCUUUUAAAGAAGCGGAGAUAAAUGAGACAGUUCUACGAGAACAACUCGGUGAAGUACAUGUAGAUACAUGUAUACAACAUGAAACAAGAUUUAUUAAUACAUUUAAUAUAAAUCAGUUCAAAUCUGCUAAAAAUGUAUAUGGUUCUGUUACAACAUUUCACGGUUUACCGUGGUGUGUCUAUAUAAAAAAACAGCCUUCUGGCGUUCUAGGUUUUUUUUUAUCUUUGAACGAAACAGGCCGACGUUCAGAUAUAUUAUCAUGUCAAGUUGAUUAUUCCCUGAAACUGAUCAACCAUACAGAUGAAAAUAAAUCGUCGAUGACCAAACAGUUUACACGUAGUUUAAAAGAGUUUCAAGAUAAACCAGGAAUGGGAGUGGUCAAUUUGAUUAAAUGGGACAUAUUAACAAACCAAGACAGUGGUUUUCUAGAUUCCAGCAACAACUUCAACAUACAAGUUAUAUUGAAAUUAAUGCAUGUUAAAAGGGACAAGCAAUGCCAUACAAAGAAACAAACACUAUACGCCCUAUAACUGAUCUAUAUUUAGUAUCUUAUCACUACGACUGAUCUAUAUUUAGCACAACUGUUAUAUAUUUGGAGGAUUUGAGAGGGGGGGGGGGGGGUCCAAAGAGAUCAUGUGUUGAGCAUAGUCACUACCUGCUGUUCAUUGAUCACCCACUUUUUUUCUGGGAAUUGCCGCUCAUGGUCUACAGUGGUAUUGUCGCUUUCUGGAACAUGAACUUUGACACCAAUCGUCACAGGUUUUGUUCAUACUAAUAAAAGACUUUGACCGUUACAUUAAAUGACUAGUUCCAAGGAAAGAUUUAUUAUAGAUAUACAGAAUCUUCACAUCAUAGUCUUGUCCCCUGGUAGAAAACAGGUGAUCAGUACCAACAUCAUCUAUUGUCUUCUACCUGGCAUCAGUACUUGGUACCAGUGCUGUGUCACAGGCUACUACAAGGUUAUACUAAUGAUUAUGAAUCGUGGUGAUAUAAAUAGUCUUACUAUAAAUAGAACUGAUAUUUCACGUUUAAAUAAAACACCUGUUACAUGUAUAUAUUGACUGGUAAGUUGAAAUAAAGGUGAAU